CUUUCACGAGUAUCAUUUCCGUUUCCCGCUAAAAUGUACAUUGUACGCGAAUGCUGGGCGAAGAAAGAAAAUGCUUUCGUCGCCGUCAAAUUUAAAAAAAAAGGAUAACAAGCACGAAGUCGAAAGUUUACGAAACAGUACGUUUAUUAAUUAUAUACAAUAUAAAUUAUUGACAGUACUUUAUGUUUCAUUGUAAUUCUUAUAUUUAAAAUGUUGACCAACUUAGAUCAUUUGCAAAUGAAAACGAGACGAAGUCUACACCUAAAUACAUCUAUAGCAGAUAAAAAAUCUUCUAAAGAUGUAAUGCAUAAUAAAAAAAAAUUAAAUACCAAUGAUAUAAUUAUAGAUCUUGAGUCUUCGGAUGAUGAAAUUAUUGAAUGUAGUCAGAAAAAUGUUGGUAUAGGUAGGAAGAAUUUAAGAUCCACAAGAGUCGAAGGAAAUGCUAAUAAAAUUCAAAGGAGACAUAGCAAUAUAGAUAGAACUAACGUAAAUUAUAACAUUGACUAUUUAUGGGAUAAACAUGAAGAGGAGUGCCUAAAAAAUAUUAACUUGGAAUCUCAAAGUAGACGUUGGAAGUCGAGUAGAAGCUUGUUAAACCGUAAGGAGACUAAAGAAAUCAAAACUAACAUUAGAAAAAGAUCUGUACAAGCUACUAGUAAGUACGAAGACUUGGAAGAAAGCAGCGAAGAAAGUGAAAAUGAAAUCGAUGAAAAUAUAAUGCUUAAUGCAAAUACAAGUUUAUCUCCAAAACGUUUGAAGACCAGAAGUGCAAAUCGAAUAUCUGCCAAGAGUCCAUCGCAGUUAAGAACUCCAUCAAAAAGCAAUAGAAAGUCUUUGAAAGAAUCUGUGGAUACACCUUCAAGAGAGAAGUUAGAGUGGAAAACACCAUCGAAAAGCGACAUAAAAUCUGUUAAAAAAUGUAUUAGUACCCCAACAAAACGUUUAUCACAAUUAAGAACACCGUCAAAAUCUGAUAAAAAUGUAUUAACAGUGUCUAUGAAUACACCUACUAGGGCUUUUGAAGAUUUAAAGUUAAACGAAUCAUCGAAGCCUACGCUUCGUAGAAGAACAAUUAAUAUAAAAUUGGACACGCCGUCACAAAAUAAUAGUACACUUAAUAAAUCAGCUUCUAAAGUUUUACAAGAUGAUUUUGAAAAAUUACAUAAAACAAAUACUAGAUCAAGAUCUGCAAAAUUCACUAUGUCAUAUUUUAGUGAUUCUGAAUCGGAAGAUAAAGAUGAUAGUGAUAUUUAUGAAGUUAGCGAUUACGAUAAAGAUGAAACUAGUACUGAUUCUGAAGAUGACAGCAGUAACGAAGACCUGGAUUCCAUUAAACGUCAAAAAUUUAUUAAGGAGAAUGCAGUUACUCCAAAUAAAAGAACUAAGAAUGUUUUGAAAACACCAUCGAAAAACUUAACUAAAGCCGCACAACUUUCCUUAGAAACGCCUACAAAACGUUUGUCAAGGUUAAGUUUGAAAAAUUCUUUAUCUCCUUCGGUACAUCAAAGAAUUACAAAUGUAUCUAAGCCUAGUACUCCUUUACAAGAGGUACGGCUUAAACUUCAUGUUAGUGUUCUUCCAAAAUCAUUACCUUGCAGAGAAGAACAAUUUAAUGAAAUAUACACAUAUUUACAUGCUAGAUUGUCAGAUGGUAGCGGAGGAUGUAUUUAUAUAAGUGGAGUGCCAGGAACAGGCAAAACUGCAACAGUGAAUGAAGUUAUACGCUGUUUGAAGAAGGCAAUGAAUCGUGAAAAACUAUCCAAAUUUGAGUUUGUGGAUAUUAAUGGUAUGAAAUUAUCCGAACCACGCCAAGCAUAUGUACAAAUAUGGAAGCAAUUAACAAAGCAAACUGUAACGUGGGAGGCAGCUCAAAAGUUAUUACAGAAUAGAUUCACCAAGCCUAAGACUAAACGAGACAUGACAUUGUUGCUCGUAGAUGAGUUGGAUCUUUUGUGUACAAAACGUCAAGAUGUAGUUUAUAAUCUGUUGGAUUGGCCAAGUAAAUCGGGUGCUAAGUUAGUUGUAGUUACAAUAGCAAAUACAAUGGAUCUUCCCGAAAGAAUUUUAAUGGGUCGAGUAACGUCACGGUUAGGCUUGACUAGAUUAACAUUUCCACCUUAUACUCAUAAACAGCUCGAAGAAAUUGUAUUGUGCAGAUUACAGGGUUACGAUGCUUUUAGUGGUGAGACUGUUCAACUCAUAGCACGAAAAGUUGCUGCUGUAUCUGGAGAUGCUCGUAGAGCUCUAGAUAUUUGUCGUAGAUCAACCGAGGUUGCGGAAACUAAUGGACACGAAAUUGUUUCAAUGGUCGAUGUUAAAAAAGCACUCGACGAAAUGAUUGCCAGUCCAAAAAUUCAAGCUAUUAAACACUGUUCGGAUAUGGAGAAGAUAUUUCUUAGAGCGGUUUGUGCAGAAGUUCAUCGUACUGGAGUGGAAGAAGUUGUCUUUAAAUACGUCUACUUUCAACUACAAACUUUAUGUACAUUUGAUGGAGAAAAAGCACCUAAUAUCACAGAAGCGCUUUCUAUAUGUGCUCGAUUGGGUUCUUGGAGAUUACUUUUAUGCGACCAUUCUAAAAUGGAUAUUCAUCAGAGGUUAUUAUUGAACGUAACUACCGAUGAUGUUCAUUUUGCCAUAGAACAUUGAGAUUCAUUUAUUGUGUAUCUUAUUAUUACCGUAAAUUAAU